AUUCUAUCUAAUUAAGCAUUAUAUUUUGAGUCUUAGGGAAACAAAUGGAGAAAGCCAAAGUGAUUUUCUUGGUGGCGCUUCUAGUUUUUGCCUUUGGUUUUUCAAAAGUAAUUGAAGCAAGAGACACAAUAAAGGACGCAUCAGUGCAAUGUGAACGCCCUGUUGAUUGUCUAAGCUUGUGUGGUGAGUGCACAGCCAACAUGUGCAAAACUGGUCGAUGUGUUUGUGGCUGUGCAAACAAGAAGUCCAUGGCAGAAGCAAUCACUGGUAUGAAAAAGUUCUCGUCCUGGAGUUGGAGUUGAAAGUCGACGUCGACAUGAUGACCCCCACCACUUCUGUUAUUGGGACUGGCAGUGCGAGUACAUGGCAACAUGCCCACCUGGAUGCAACGCUGACCAAUGUAACAAUGGAUAUUGCGCAUGUACUUGUUAGUAAAGAAUUUAACACCAUUUCUCAAAUAAAAAGUUACCACAUAAAUAAAAAUAAGAAUAAAAAUGAUGUACGGACUAAAUGAAUGUAUUCAAAUUUGAUCCGAUCUGUUACAUGAAUAAACUCUAAAUUGUUAUUAU